AUGAAUUGGAAUAUAUUUCUGGCAUUCUUGUUAAUAAUAUUUGUUAAUCAAGUAACAACAACAAAUGGCGAAAAUUAUCCUGUGGUUAUGUGGCAUGGAAUGGGAGACACUUGUUGUUUCCCAUUCAGUCUGGGCUCCAUUAAGAAAUUAUUGGAACAGGAACUCAAUCAAACCUAUGUCAAGUCAUUGAGAAUUGGUGAUAAUUUAAUUAUGGAUUACGAAAGUGGAUUCUUUAUACAUCCCAACAAACAAUUGGAUUAUGUUUGUCAGGAAUUGGCUAAAGAUGAGAAAUUGAAAGAUGGCUAUAAUGCCAUUGGAUUCAGUCAGGGUGGACAGUUUUUACGUGCCUUGGCCCAACGUUGUCCCACACCGCCAAUGAAAGUUCUAAUCUCAAUGGGUGGCCAACAUCAAGGAGUUUUCGGUUUACCCAAAUGUCCCUCGCUAUCGUCGAAAACAUGUGAAUACAUACGACGCAUACUAAACACGGCAGCCUAUGAAGAAUGGGCCCAAAUGGAUUUGGUACAGGCCACCUAUUGGCAUGAUCCGCUCAAGGAAAGGGAUUAUAUGGCCCAUAGCACAUUUUUGGCCGAUAUUAAUAAUGAAGUAUUUGCCAAUGGUGUAUAUGCGGAGCACUUGAAUCGUUUGGACAAGUUUGUUAUGGUGAAAUUUCUAAAUGACACAAUUGUCCAACCAAAGGAAUCGCAAUGGUUCGAAUUUUACAAACCCGGUCAGGAUAAGGAAAUUUUACCACUGAAAGAGAGUAAAGUUUAUGAACAGCUGGCUCUCAGACAAAUGGACAUAAAUAAGAAACUGGUAUUUUUGGCUACCGAAGGUGAUCAUUUACAAUUUGAUAAGAAAUGGUUUUUGGAGAAUAUCAUACCAUUAUUGAGUCAGGAGAAAAAAUAG